AUGCUGAGCAUUGAGAGGUACCCCGGACUGGCCCCGGGGCCCCAGAGACUGGCUGACUGCUACUACAGAGAGAGAGAGGCUCCGCCCCCACAGGGCCUGUUUCCUACCUCCUGUGACAUGGCAGCAAGAGCUCCGCCCCCGAGGGCCCUGGCCCCGCCUCCCGUACCCACGGAGACCGCCGGCAAGGAGCAGGUGAAGAUGGAGCUGGAGAACGCGUCGCUAUGGAAACAGUUCAGCGCCGUCGGCACGGAGAUGAUCAUCACCAAGAAGGGCAGACGGAUGUUCCCGGGGCUGAGCGUGAAGCUGUCCGGUCUGAACCCCGCCCUGCGCUACAUCCUGCUGCUGGACAUCGUCCCCCUGGACAGCUCGCGCUACCGUUUCCAGGGCGACGCGUGGCAGACGGUGGGCGAGGCGGAGGCCCGGCUGCCCGACCGGGUGUUCAUCCACCCCGACUCCCCCGCCACCGGCGCCCACUGGCUGGGCCGCAGCAUCGCCUUCCACCGCGCCAAGCUGACCAAUCACACGCUGGACUCACAGGGACACAUCAUCCUCCACUCGCUCCACCGCUACCAGCCGCGCCUCCACAUCAUGGAGGCGCGCGACAUGCUGCGCUGGGGGGGCGCCCAGCACUCCUUCACCUUCCCCGAGACGCAGUUCCUCACCGUCACCGCCUACCAGAACCCCAGGAUCACUGAGCUGAAGAUCAGGUCCAACCCCUUUGCAAAAGGCUUCAGAGAGGAUGGAAGGAACUGCAAAAAACAAAGAGACGCACGUCAGAAACGCAAGAUGACAGAACCCCUGGAUCUGGGUACUACUUACUCUCUGGUGUGUCUCCCAGACGGCUCCGAGCCCGGCGCCUCCUCCAGGGACCUGCAGGGUCUGCUUCUGGCCGCGCUGCCCCCGCUGCAGGACUCCUCCUGUGGGUUCAGAGACGAGGACCCGGCCCAGGUCCCGGAGCAGCACCUGGACCUGGGCCACUCCUUCAUCACCUCUCACAUCGACCGCAUGGCCGCCAGCCUGGCCAAUGAGAUGCAGGACACUGCAGAAAGUCACGUGUCGGACCAGAUGAUUGACAGGUCUGAAACCUCCUACGAGCCAGGGUUCAUGUCUGCUCCUCCUCCCCCCUCCUCAUCCUACACCUCUCUCCCGGACGGAUCCGACGCCGCUCUCUCUGCUGGGGGGUACCCCUGCCUACUCUCCUCCUACCCAGACCUCACCCCCCCGCCCUCCGCCACCUCCUCCCCCCUCCCCCUGCUCCCCACGUCCCCCCCGGCCUACCCCGCCCUGACGCCGGGCGACCCCCAGGGCUUCAGUCCCCACACCCCCCUCGACGCCCCCUACCCCCCCACCCAGCUCACCCCCCCCACCCAGGACCACGCCUCCCCCGCGGUCUUCAGCUACCCUCCACACGAGGCCACGCCCCCCCACGACCCCACGGCUCCGCCUCCCUCGGGGGCGCUGGUCAACACGUCGAGCGCUCCCACCGCGUUCCCCUUUCCCCCUCUGAGCCAACCCCAGACCACCUCCUACAGCCCCGCCCCCCCUCUCAACCAAUCACAGCUCUCGUUAGCGUCCACCCCCACCCUUAACCAGACCCAGGCCCCUCCCUUCUUCCCUGCUCCAACUCUCAACCAAUCCCAGUUCUCCUACCCGCCUCUGAACCAAUCCCAGCUGUCCUCCUUCCCACUCAACCAAUCACAACUCUCCUACCCCCCGCUGAACCAAUCCCAGCUGUCCUUAGCCCAAGGUCAGAGCCCCUCCCCCUUCUUCCCCUCCCCCGCUGAGCUCCACCCCGGCUCCCCCUACCUGCCGGACAUGAUGCUGCACCACCCUGGCCUCUCCUCCGUCGCCCAGGGCCCCGGCCUCUACUCCUCCUUCCCCUCCUACCCGCUGCGGCUGUGUCCGGACCCCCGCUCCUCCAUGCCCGUUCCCCUCAGGCACGUCUACAGACCGCCCCCGCCCCCCCAGGGGUCCUACCGGGACAUGGGCCCCCGUGCCGCCUACUGA